AUGGGAAUAGAGCCGGCGGCCUUGAAACUGUUUUCUGGCCGUCUUUCGUCCCACGGGACGAGGGGUUCGGUUCGGGCUGAUGGGAAACCGUCCACUGUGUCGUCUCUUCCUCAAUAUUUUGACAACGUCAAACAUGGAGAAGAGGCCAAGUGUUCCUCGUACCAGCUUCCAGGCCAAGGCCCGCGGCCGCUGGAUAAGGAGAUCCGUCCUCGUCUCGCGCCUGACCGAGACGUCUUCGUCCUCCCGUUCGCCGAGCCGGGGACAGACAGCGGCGCCGCGGGGCUCUCGGCCGCCGCGUGCUCCACACAACCCUGUCGCCCAUCGUCCGCCUCAUUUAGCUGCAAGGGCUCGGACAGUCCUAACACGUUCCCCCCACUGUCCCCAUCAUCGUUAGCGCAGAGUGGUCGGGACAGUCCUGAUCAGCAGUGUCCACCGUCCCCGUCCCAUUUAGCAGCAGAAGUGGACGGGUAUAGUACCCCCCUGAUCAGCAAGUGUCCCCACGUCCUCCGUCCAUCAGUAGCAGCAGAGGACGGGAUAGUCCUGAUCGGCAGUGUCCCCACGUCCUCCGUUCACGUACCAGCAGAGGUGAGGGAUAGCCUGAUCACAGUGUCCCCACGUCCUCCGUCCAUGUCACAGAGGGAAAAGGACAAAGUUACACAACGCUGCAAGACGGAGACGCACGUGAUCCUGGACAGGUGUCUGCAGGUUCACAGCUGUGCUGGGAGGGGUUGGUCUGCAGAGACACACAGAGACACAGAGAGUCACACAGAGACAGAUACACAGAGAGACAGAGACAUACAGAGACAGAGAGACACAGAGACACACAGAGACAGAGAGAGUCACACAGAGACAGAGGCACAGAGAGACAGAGACCCAACCUCUGUCAGAGACACACAUACCGUCCACCCAGGCACUAUCUGCCACCCAGCGAGCAGCAGAAGCAGGAUGCAGCGGUGGAAAGGCCGGGUGGAGGACAGCGGGGAGUGGAACCGGGCCGUGCUGGUGUCUGUGGGACAGUUUGUCCCCGGGGUGAGUCUGGGGAGGAGACCCGGGGCCGACAAGGACACCAAGACUCUCCACCGCACCCUCAGCAAGCUGGGCUUCAAGGUGGACAUCCACAGCGACCUGAGCGGGGACGAGAUCUACCAGCUGUUUCUGAAAGAGAGCCGGCGGCCUGUGAAGGACUGUUUUCUGGCCGUCUUGUCGUCCCACGGGGACGAGGGAUGCGUGUUCGGGGCUGAUGGGAAACCUGUCCAACUGUGUCGUCUCUUCUCAUAUUUUGACAACGAAAACAUGGAGAAGAAGGCCAAAGUGUUCCUCGUCCAGGCGUGUCGGGGACGUGGUCUGGAUGACGGUGUGGAGGUGGAUUCAGCUGAUGACAGCAGAGACUUCUCACAGCAUCUCUCUACUGUAGACACAGCUGUGAUGUACGCCACACCACCAGGUUACGGGGCGUUCAUGCACCCUCUGGGCUCCGUCUUCCUCCAGACCUUCUGCUCCUUAUUGAAGGAGGACGGGCACCGGGACCUGGAGCUGACGCGCCUGAUGACGCGCCUCUCCCACCGGGUGGCCUACAGCUUCCAGGCCAAAGGCCCGCGGCUCGCUGGGAAGAAGGAGAUGCCGUGUCUCGUCUCGCGCCUGACCAGAGACGUCUUCCCGUUCGCCGAGCCGGGGACAGACAGCGGCGCCGCGGAGCUCUCGGCCGCCGCGCUGCUCCACACUCAACACCUGUCCCCACGUCGUCCGUCCAUCAGUUAGCUGCAGAGUGGGCGGGACAGUCCUGAUCAACACGUGUCCCCACGUCCCACAUCCAUCAGUUAGCAGCAGAGUGGUCGGGACAGUCCUGAUCAGCAGGUGUCCACACGUCCUCCGUCCAUCAGUUAGCAGCAGAGGGACGGGACAGUCCUGAUCAGCAGGUGUCCCCACGUCCUCCGUCCAUCAGUUAGCAGCAGAGUGGACGGGACAGUCCUGAUCAGCAAGUGUCCCCACGUCCUCCGUCCAUCAGUUAGCAGCAGAGUGGACGGGAUAGUCCUGAUCAGCAAGUGUCCCCACGUCCUCCGUCCAUCAGUUAGCAGCAGAGUGGACGGGAUAGUCCUGAUCAGCAAGUGUCCCCACGU